AUUAAGUAUUAAAUGAUAAUAAUUAAAGCUAAAGCUAUGGGCUAAUUUAAUAUUGUAGUAGGGAUAGAGGUGUCUCAUGUUACAGGCAGAUACAGAAUCUUACAAUGGUAAAGUUAGGCCAUUGUUGAGGAGAGAUUGGCUGUAAAGCCAUCAAUUAAUUUGACCCUGCAACUAAAUUGGGCCAAUCCAAGAUAAAGUAGGUGAGCAAUGGCUAUCAAAUUUUUAUCUGAAAACUUCGUCCGAAUGAAAAUGAAAUGCGGGAAUAUUAACAAGACUUGUUGAUUUUGAUGUAUCUGAUGAUUCCAAAGCAUUUCAUUUGCGGAGGAUGAAAUGAAUUGGUCAAUGGAAGUUGCAGGCUUGGAAAACUUUAGAAAUUUUUAUGGUAUGAAUUGCAGCCAGGUGGACCAGGCUUCUCUUCUUCUUUAUGGGCAAAAGCCCGGGGUACCCAUUUCCUCUAAUUGCUCUCAACUUAAAAGAGACGAAGACGCUUAUACUGAUUCAGAAAAUCCCACCAUGGAAACUGCAACAAGUAGUGUGAUAAUUGAUGGAAUGGAGCCCCAGAUGCUUGAUGAAGAAGACUUUUUUCAUCAUCAUCCUGCUUAUGCAAGUACGCAGAUAUGGACAGACAUUGAAGAUUUGUACAGAAGUGAUCAUGGUCAAGUGAAGUUGCAGCAGGCAUCCAAAAAUUUACAUACUGAGAGAAAGAGAAGACAGAAAUUGAACGAGUCCCUCUAUAAAUUGCGUUCUGUUGUUCCCAAAAUCAGUAAGAUGGACAAACAGUCAAUCAUAGGCGACGCAGUCAGCUAUUUAAUGGAGUUGCAGAAGCAAGUAGCAGAGAUUGAAAGUGAAAUUAAUGGGGCAUUGUAUCGUAAAAUUACUGAUACAAAUACCAUUGUCACUAAGAUUAAUCUGUUGGAAAUACAGUCGCCUAAAUCGGAGGAAACGACCCCGCAAGCACCCAACAUAUUGCAGGGUGGAAAAAUCUUAGGGAGUUUCAGGGAAGAUACCACCAAUUGUUAAAGCCUCUCACCGUUGCUUCAAGAUCAUUCAAUUUUGUGGAGCAUUGUGCUGUGUCCCACAAGUAGGUCCCUGCAUCAACUAUACGUUGGACGUGAGACAUGAGUGACUUUACAAUAGGAAGUUUCAGAUGCUAUAAAUUUUAUAUUAUGGAUGCUGUAGCUUUGGAUUUUCAAUCACUCUAUAGCAUAGCUACCUGGAUGCAAGGGUACUGGUACCAAUGGGAACAAGGAUGCCAAUCAAAAUAGGUAUGUGAGUAAAUGAAUAAAGGAGAUGGCUACAUAAUAUAUAAAUGUAGUCGCCAGAAAUUGUGUGUACAGGGACUGGGUAUGCAGUCCACAUUUCUGUAAUGGAGUUUCCUGGCAACGAUGCUGCAUAGGCUACUUGAUAAUUUUCUUUGUCAAUAACUUUUUUGGAUCAGUGCUUUUUUUCGGUUCCAGACUCCAGUGGUUAUUCUUGGCUAUGUGUGAACAUCAGUACUUUAAGGAGUAAAAUAGCCACUGUUCUUCUUAUAUGAUAAACAUGAUGCUACAGAAAAAAAUACUAAUUGCCCAUAGUGCUGCCUUCAUCUGGGAUAUGCAGAGUCCACAUUAUUGCAGCUUAAAAAUAUAUACAUAUUUCUUAAUUGUUCCGAGUGUUCAUGAUCUGUUUUUGGCUUUCACUUUACUUGUUUGAUGAU